CCCUACUAAGGUUUAUACUUGGACCUUAGGAGGGAAUUAAUUGUGAUAUUCGGAGCGAGUCAAGUUUUUUGCGCCAUUGUCGGGGAACACAGUCUGUUAUCUUGAAAAUGUUGUUUGGUGUUAAUCUAGCUUUUAAUUUCUAGUUUUGAAAGUGUGUCUGCUUUGCUUUUUCUAGACUUGGUGUUGUUUUCUAAUUGUCUGUAGGAAGAUGCAUGACCCGGAGCAAUCCAACACCUUUGCUACCACGUGACGAGGACAUAAACAGAACUCUCCGACUCCUAGCACGGGAGAGGGAGAUAGCGGAGGAAAGGAGGAGAAGUGAAGAAAGGGGACAACAAUUUGGUCCCGGUGUUAGUGGAGUAGAAGUUGAAGAAGUGGAAGGUGAACCCGACAUUGGAGUAGAAAUGGCGGGGAACCAAAGAGAAGCAGGAGCCGCCCAAGCUCAUAACCUAAACGAUGCAGAGAUGGAAAAGGAAUCCCCGAGGACAAUGGGAUACUAUAUGGCCCCACGGCCGGAGGACAUUCAAUAUCCAAUCAUACACCCUCCCGUGGCGUCCAACAAUUUCGAGUUCAAGCCGGCUCUAGUGACCAUGAUACAUAACAAUGCUUUGUUCCACGGUCAUUCGACUGAGUCACCAAGAGAGCAUGUGCAAAGAUUCAUGGAGCUCGCGGGGAUCUUGAAAAUCAAUGGCAUGCCAGCUGAAGCUUUGCAGCUGAGGCUUUACCCCUAUUCACUUUCGGGGAAAGCACUCUGGUAGCUAAAUAAUAGCCCCCCUCGUUCAAUCACCUCAUGGGACGAUCUUCUCAACAAAUUCAUGACCCGCUACUGCCCGCCUUGGAAGACGGCCGAGUGGAGAAAGAAGAUUACCCAUUUCGAGCAAGAAGAUGACGAGACCACUCCGGAGGAGCAAGUCAAUUUUGUGGCAAAUGCUAGGGAUAAUAACCCGUAUAGCAAUACUUAUAAUCCCGGAUGGAGGAACCACCCCAAUUUUUCUUGGUGACUAAUCUGAGGCCCCCGGGUUUUCAAGGCCCCACAAGCAAUUAUCAACCUCGACCAACCUUCAUCCAACAAAGUCCUCAAGUCCAAAGCUCGAACUUCCAACAAACAUAUCUCGCACAAGGUGGUCAAGGGUUUCAACGACAACAACAACUCGACAAGCUAUCCAAUCUUGAAGACCUAGUGAACACCUUUGUGAGCACGAGUGCUCAAAGGUUCGAGAAGGUUGAGCAAUUUAUGAAUGUGGCGACUUCCAAGUUUACCUCGGUGGAGGCGGGACUCCGAAGCCAUCAAGCGAGUCUCCAAAGCUUGGAAGCGGGAUACUCACUGAGAGACCAAAGGGAGCCCUACCAUCCCAAACCGUGGUGAACCCCAAGGAUCGUGUCGGGGUGAAUACAAUUCAAGUGGGAAGUGGAAAGGUGACUCCGCGCGUCGCCGCUAAAGAAGUGAUUGAGAAGGAAAGGGAGAAAAGCAGCAAGUAAGGCAUCGCCGACACCAACUCCGGUGGUUGAGAACAGGCCACCUCUUCCUUUCCCCAAGCGAAUGUACAAGGAGAGGUUGGAGAACGAGUGUGGAGGUUUUAUGGAAAUGCUCCGCAACCUCCUCCUCAAUAUACCUUUCCUUAAAGC